AUGAGGUACAAUUAUACUACUCAAUGCAAAAAAGAAAACCACUGCUCUAUUGGUUCAAGAAAACCAGUUAAAAUAUUUAGCCUAGAAGAAAAAAGGAUUAAAAGACAAACAAUUAAUAAACAAAUAGUUUUAUUAAUUCUUCAGAGUUGUUAUGAACUUUCUCAAGAAUCUGAUGUUAUUAGUGUUUGUCCAAAUUCUCCAAGAGAAAUCAAUUCAUAUGAGAUUGAUGAUUUAAUUAAUCAAGUUGAACAGUUAUUAUCAGGAGGUCAAUCUCUUGAUUGUAUUUAUCCUUAUGUAAAGAGUCUUGUUCGAUCUUAUAAACAAUAUUAUUGCUGA